AACUCAAAAUGAAAAAAAACGCCAUACUGAUAUGAACUUUGAUAUGAACUUUGAUACGAAUUCACUCUUUGAUACAACCACUGAUACGUUUUCUGAUUCAAACACUAUGAACUUUGUUACGAUCUUUAAUGUGGGCUAUUCUUUGAUCUCUAAAUUUGAAUCUAUCCGAAAUACAUGA